AUGUUUGAACGUGAAGGCAUUCCUUGUAGGCAUAUGAUUUGGGUAUGGAAGGCUAGGAUGUUAGAAAAAAUUCCCAAGGCCUAUGUUCUAAAAAGAUGGACUACAAUUGCUUGUAAGAAGCCAAUUUUUGAUGUAGAAGGUAAUGUGUUGGAGGAAUGUAUCAAUGCAGAAGAUAAGAAGAUGUUCUUCAAUGAUUUGUGGUCCGAAAUUCAUGCUUGUGUGAGUUUAGUGCAAAACAAUGAAGAUGAUCUUAGUGAUCUUGUCAACAAACUUCAUGCUUUGAGGAUGGAUUUGAGACAUAAGAAAACCACUAAUGCAAGCAACACUCUUUCUACCAAAGCAAAAGAUACUGAAAUGCUUAUUGGAGCUAGUCUACCUUCUAAAUUUUUAAUCAAACCUCCUAAAAUUUCGAAGAACAAAGACAUGGGGGUUCAUGUUCCAAAUCAGGUCAAUGUUCCAAAUGAUGUCCAUGUUCUAAAUGAGGUUCAUGUUCCAAAUGAUAUUCAUAUUCCAAAUAGUGACAAGAGAAUGAAGAGUGACAGAGAAAAAGCCGUUGAACAAAGUCAAAAGAAGAAAAGAUUAUGUAGAGCAUGUAGAGAGCUUGGCCAUCAUGAUAGUCGCAAUUGUCUCGGGAAAGUCAAGUAA